GUCCGACACAAGAUGUUGUAUCUUCCAGACUGCCCAGUCCCUUUAUUGGGAAGAGAUAUUUUAUCAAAAUUGCAAGCACAGAUUCAGUUCAUGAAGAAUGGACAAAUGGAACUAUCAUUUCCCAUGGAGGAGGAAUGGAGAUUGUUUCAAGUUAAGGUUUUCUCUGAGGAAAUACAGUGGCCAUGGCAUGAGACUCCUAUAGUAUGGGCAGAAGACAAUCCUCCAGGACUGGCUAAAUAUGUUCCACCAGUGGUAGUGGAAGUAAAAAGAGGAAUGGGGCCCAUAUGUAAGCCACAAUAUCCCGUUAGCCGAGAGGCAGCGCAGGGGAUCAGAAAACAUUUGGAGCGACUUUUGCAGCAUGGGAUAUUGGUACCAUGCAGUUCCCCGUGGAAUACACCCCUGCUCCCUGUCAAGAAGCCUGGAGGACAAGGAGGAUAUCGCCCGGUUCAGGAUUUGCAUGCCGUGAAUUAAGCCACUGUUUCCCUAACCCCAGUAGUGCCUAAUCCAUACAUCAUGAUGAGCCUAGUGCCAGCAUUUGCCAAAUGGUUUACUGUAUUGGACUUAAAGGAUGCAUUCUUUUGCAUUCGGUUGGCCCCUGUGUCCCAACCGAUUUUUGCCUUCCAGUGGGAAUCCCAACAUCCAGGACAGAGGGCCCAAUAUACUUGGACCCGCCUUCCUCAAGGAUUCCAGAACAGCCCGACCAUUUUUGGUCAAGCCCUGGCAAAGGACCUGCAAGAUUUUGAAAUACCCAAAGGGGAAGGAGUUUGGCUCCAGUACGUAGAUGACCUCCUUUUGGCCUGUCGAACGCGGGAAGGCUGCAAGGAACAUACCUUAAGGCUGCUCAAAGAAUUAGAGGAGAAGGGUUAUAAAGUGUCAAGAAAGAAGGCCCAGUUGUGUUGCCCCACGGUGAAGUAUUUGGGGUUCCAUCUGACCGAAGGAAAAAAGAUGCUGGGGACUGAGAGAAAGGAGGUUGUUUGCGCAAUUCCCAUUCCCAGCACCCGGCGACAGGUGCGGGAAUUUUUGGGAUCGGCGGGAUAUUGUAGACAGUGGAUCCCCAAUUACGCCGUGUUGGCUAAGCCACUGUACCAGGCCACGAGAGGUGGAAGAGAAGAUCCAUUUGAGUGGACGGAAGAAUGUCAACGGGCAUUUAAGGCAUUGAAGGAAGCAUUGAUGUCGUCCCCAGCACUGGGAUUGCCCGAUCUGGAAAAACCAUUCACUCUGUUUGCUGCGGAAAGAGAAGGAACUGCGGUUGGAGUAUUAACUCAACCAUUAGGUUCAUGGCAAAGACCAGUCGCCUACUUGUCAAAACAGUUAGACACAGUGGCUCGUGGGCUGCCACCUUGCCUGAAGGCGGUGGCGGCGGCAGUAGAUUUAAUCAAGGAGGCGAAUAAAUUGACCUUAGGACAGCCACUGACAGUUAAGGUACCCCACAGCGUUAAGGCACUGUUAGACACUAAGGGACCGCGCUGGCUCACGAGCGAGAGGUUGAUGAAAUACGAGGGACUGUUGUGCGACAACCCGUUGGUAACCCUGGAGACUUGCUCCACUUUGAAUCCGGCCACCCUGCUCCCGACUCCGGGAGACACCACAAUCCAUCAGUGUGCCCAGGUUAUGGACGAGGUAUUUUCCAGCCGACCGGAUUUGAAGGAUGUACCACUGACGAAGGUGGAUGAUACCCUGUUCACAGACGGAAGUUCCUUUAUAGAAGAUGGUCAAAGACGCUCGGGCUAUGCGGUGGUCCGGAGGGGGGGAGAGACGCUGGAGGCAGGAUCGCUGCCCCCGGGGACUUCUGCCCAGAAGGCCGAAUUGAUUGCCCUGACCCGAGCGCUGGAAUUAGCAAACGGAAAGCGGGUAAACAUCUACACAGACUCAAAAUACGCCUUCACUACCCUCCAUGCACACGGGGCAUUGUAUAAGGAGCGCGGGCUCCUUACGUCCGGAGGGAAGUGCGUGAAACAUGCUGGAGAGAUUGUGGAUCUCCUGGAGGCGGUUUGGAAGCCAAGGCAGGUGGCUGUGAUGCAUUGUAAAGGGCACCAAUGUGGAGACGAUCCCGUAGUGCAAGGAAACAGGCAGGCUGAUUUGGCAGCCAAAGAGGCAGCUAGGCUGCCCCAUGAUGAAUAUCAGGUAAUGGCCCUACAGGUAGAAUUAACUGAACAUAAUGUUACAUAUACACCAGAGGAAGAGGAAUGGGCCUUAAAAGAGAAGGGUCAGUGGUCAGGAGGACUCAUAGUGAUGCCAGACACCCGUGUCUACGUCCCUAAGGACUUGGCAUGGCACAUAGUCCAACAUAUGCACCAAAACACACAUUUAGGCAAGACGGCACUGGCAAGUUUGCUAGGACGGCUAUUGUAUAUCGAUGGACUACAUAGUCUAACAGCAGCAGCAGCCCGAAGGUGUUGGACGUGUAUCAAGAAUAAUCCCAGAGAAGGACCCCUUAAACCACCAGGAGUCCAACAUGUUGGUGGGAUGCCUUUUGAAGCUCUAGUUACUGACUUUACAGAAAUGCCCCCAUGCAAAGGAUACAAAUAUUUACUGGUGUUUGUGGACACCUACACAGGAUGGGUAGAGGCGUACCCUACAAAGACUGAGAAGGCAGUGGAGGUUUCGAGGGCCCUGAUGAAAGAUGUUAUUCCUAGAUUUGGUAUACCCUUGGAAAUUGGAUCAGAUAACGGCCCAGCCUUCGUUCAGCAGGCUGUGCAAGGACUGUGUAGAAUUUUGGGCAUCAAAUGGAAACUCCAUUGUGCAUAUAGGCCCCAGUCUUCUGGAAAAGUGGAAAGAAUGAAUAGGACAUUAAAGGCACAGCUUGGAAAACUUUGUCAGGAGACAGGAUUGUCGUGGACAGUGGUUCUGCCCAUGGCAUUGUUAGGAAUUCGAUGUACACCACACAAACGGAUAGGACUCUCCCCUUUUGAAAGGCUCUAUGGACGACCCCCUUUAAACUUGAAGGGAGCCUUGGAGACAGGAGCUGAGCAACAUCUCAUAGGGGAAAAGCAGACAUUGGCUCAGGUUCAAGCUUUGGGCAAACAGGUGCAGCAGAUAGAUAAAUACACUUCUGAAUUGAACCCACCAUUCCCUACCACACCUCUACAUUGUUUUUCACCAGGUGACGAGGUUCUGGUUAAGGAUUGGAAGACUGAGCCAUUGGGACCCAAGUGGCGAGGACCAUAUGUUGUGCUCCUGUCUACCCCCACUACAGUGAAGGUGAAGGAGAUUAAGCCGUGGAUACAUUACACCCGUGUAAAUCUAGCACCAGAGGAGUGGCGGACGGAGCAAGUUCCUGGGGAGGACCUGAGACUCAGGAUCAUCCGGAAACUCCCUGAGGGGUCAACAAGGCCAUGAA